UACCAGGUGCUGAUUGCUUGCUCUCCUAUGGGAUACAGUGUCACAUUUAAAAAGAUAGAACUGCAGUUUGGAAAAGCCAGACACGGACUCGCAGAUAUAACCUGCAGAAGUACCUGGUAAGAUGCUAAAGUCUGGGAAACACAAAGGAAGCAUGUCCCUUACAGACAGAAAGAGAUGUUUGCUUAAAAUGAAGUCUGUAAAACACCACCCUCCACUACCAUUGUUGUUUGCAAUCUGCUGUCUGAGUGCCCUUCACCUUUCCUCAGGAUUCCCUCAGUCAGUACCACAAUACAUGGAUGAAUUGGAUAUUCCAGAAAAUGAGAGAUUAGCAUUCUGUUUCAGUCAAUGGACAGCACUGUCAGAUCAACCACAGAUUUCAAAUUUUGUCAUGGACCUUUGUAGCUCCAUUUACAAUAGAAUGAAGGUCAAUGAGGCAAAUAAUCAAGAAAUUUACAAAAGAUUUUUAUUUCACUACUCCAGAGCACAAAAUCCAGCCCUGAAGACUGGGGAAUCACAUAUCACCACAGAGGAGUUUACAAAGAAGGACAGUUCUGGAACAAUGGGAAGACCCUUUUUCCUUUUUAGGCCUAGAAAUGGAAGAACGGUCUCCAUAGAUGAACACUAACACUUACAAAAAGAAUUCACUGAAGAUGUUCUACGUGUGACCCAAGCUCCUCAUUGCCAUAUGAAAAUUAUAUUAUGGAUACGUGUAUUCAAUACCAUAUUCUGUAUUACCUCCAACUAGAAUUAUAUUUAUUAAUAUUUUAGAUGGUAGAAAAUUAAAUAAUCCCUAACAGUUCAUGUUUUACAGAUCUCCUAGUUGGUGCACAUGUGUAUUCAUUACUGGCUGAUACAUUUUAAAAGAUGUACAGAUGGUGCUAAUUAUUUACUUGUGAUACUAAGGAGAUCUGUAAAACAUGCACUUCUCAGCAUUCCAGGAGUUGGAAAAAUUGGCUUAGAGUGUAGCUUUAUAUUAAUUCUUCAUAAGAAAUUGCACUUUAGUAAUCAUCAUAGUAGUAUUACUUUGUUUAUUGUUUUUCCAAGUACACUUCCUACACAAAUAAGACCCCUUAUUUGUGUAAAAACAAAAAUAACAAAAUGCAAGAGUACAAUGCAUGUGAAAAUGUAUACAAACACUAUGUAUUAGAACAUGCAUCCAAUAAUAGAUUGAUAUGCAGUUUAUGGAGGGUAUUCAAUUACCUGUGAUAGUGCCACGGUCGUUUUUAUUAUUCAUCCCUAUACAAUUACCUUGUGUGAAUUUUUUUUGCGUAAAUACAUAGGUCCCGCGAAAAGCCUCUGACCCAUGUAUUUUCACAGUACUUAUCACGUGUAAAAUGGGCAUUUAGUGCGGAUUAUGCUUUGCAGGCAUCGGGGGAUAAGUGCUUGUUUAUCGGGGCUAAUUGGAUAUCCCCUAGCGAUAUAAUUGCCCACGGUAAUUGACUGUGGGUAAUUGAAUACUCCCUAUAUGCAAAUGUAACAAAUAAACACUCACCAAAUCCUCAUUUAUCAAUUUAUUCAAUCUAAAAUGAAAUCUUUUUUUCUUUCAUUGCUCCGUCGAAAAUAGUUGAGAAAAUAAAAUUAUGAGUUUGAACACUAGGACAACCUGACGUUAUCUGAUCAAAACAGAAACACACUUUUGCUGUUCACAAAUGAAAAUCAGGUUACCAAAGUAGCAGUUCAUUAUUUGCUGGUGGUGAGCAAGAGACCCAAGACUUCCUGUUUUCAUCUCUCAUCAAAAGAGGGUAACAUGAAUCCCUAUUGAUGUAAAAAAUAGAUUAAUACCCACAAUAUUACCAAACAAAGUGUUCAGAAGAGUAUAUAGCUGGACAGAAGAUCCCAGGGAAGUAACAUAGUGUAACACACUGAAAACCCUUUUGAAAUGAAAGCCCAUUAAAAUGAAUGACAGUAAAAUAAUGAAUGAGUAAACAACAUCCAAAGAGUUGGUACAACAUUUUAGCUGCUUGUGGAUAUACAGUAUACAAUGUUCUUUCAUAGAGAUAUAAUAACUUUUUCAAGUGCAACAACAUGCUUUGAUGUGGAUUAAAAGAUUGACAGUGUAUAUAUAGAUAGUCAAUAGGUCGACACCAGAUGGUCGACAGUCAAUAGAUUGACAGGGUGAAAGGGUCCACAUACAAAUGGCCUACACAAAAAAAGUUUACACGUUUUUUAUUUUAACCCUAAACCUAACCCUCUCUCUCAACCUUAGAAAAAUAGAAACAUAGAAUUUGACGGCAGAUAAGAACCACUUGGCCCAUCUAGUCUGCCUCUUUAUUACCAUAUUUUUACCUCAAACCUUAUUUGAUCCUUGUUUCUUUGUAAGGAUAUUCUUAUGUCUAUUCUAUGCAUGUUUAAAUUGCUCUACUGUCUUAGCCUCUACCACCUCUGAUGGUAUGCUAUUCCACUUGUCCACUACUCUUUCUGUGAAGAAAUUUUUCCUCAAAUUUACCCUGAACCUCCUCCCCUCCAGUCUCAGUGCAUGUCCUUGUGUCCUAUUGCUUCUCUUUAUUUGAAGAAUGUUGCCUCAUGGACUUUGUUAAAACCAUUGAUAUAUUUGAAAGUUUCUAACAUGUCCCCCCUUUCCCUUCUCUGCUCCAAACUAUACAUAUUGAGAUUUUUUAGUCUUUCCGGGUAUGUUUUAUGAUGUAGGCCAUGCACCAUUUUAGUUGCCCUUCUUUGUACAGUCUCUAAUGUAUUAAUAUCCUUCUGAAGAUAUGGCCUCCAGAAUUAAACACAGUAUUCUAGAUGAGGCCGUACCAAUGCCCUAUACAGUGGCUUUAUUACUUCUUUCUUUCUGCUGCUGAUUCCUCUCCCUAUGCAACCAAACAUCUGACAUGUCUUCCUCAUUGCUUUGUUACAUUGCUUACCUGUCUUUAAGUCACCUGAAAUAGUGACACCUAGAUCCCUUUCCUCCUCAGUAGUUUCCAGUAUGGUACCAUUUAUACUAUAUUUAGCAUUUGGAUUAUUGAGACCCAGGUCAUGAUUUUGCAUUCUUUUGGCAUUAAAUUGUAAUUGCCACGCUCUUGACCAUUCCUGUAAUCUACCUAGAUCCUCAAUCAUUUGUUUUACCCCUCCUGGUGCGUCUACCCUGUUGCAUACCUUUGUGUCAUCUGCAAAAAGGCAUAUUUGCCCUUUAAUGCCAUUUGCAAUGUCACCAAUAUAGAUAUUAAAAAGCACUGGUCCAAAUAUAGAUCCCUGGGGUAUUCCACUGGCAACAUUUCUCUCCUGUGAAUGCACUCCAAUUACAACAACUCUCUGUUCUAUCCUGCAACCAAGAUCUUAUCCAUUCAACCAUCUUAGUAUCCAAUCCCAAGAUUUCGAGUUUAUUUAGCAGUCUGCGAUAUGGGAGUCAAAAGACUUAUUAAAGUCUAGAUAAGCUAUAUCUACUCCUCCACUUUUAUCUAUUACUUUAGUCACACAGUCAAAAAAAGUCAAUAAGGUUUGUUUGACAUGAUCUCCCUCCUGUGAAUCCAUGGGAUCUUGUAAGCGGCUGGAUUUGAGAUUAUCUGCCACUCUUUCGUUAAAUAGUGUUUCCAUCAAUUUCCCUACUACUGAUGUAAGGCUUACUGGUCUGUAGUUGCUUGCCUCUUCUUUGCAUUAACUUUUGUGCAAUGGGACUACAUUUGCUCUUCUCCAGUCCUCUGGAAUUACUCAUGCAGCUAGUGACGUGUUAAAUAAUUAUGUUAGUGGUGCUGCCAGCACCUCUUUAAACUCUUUCAGUAUCCUUGGAUGUAUCCCAUCUGUUCCCAUUGAUUUAUACACUUUCAGCAUUCAGAGUUCUGUUAGGACCUUCUCUUCUGUAAAUGAGCGUCUCCAUGCCCUAAUCAAGGGCAUGGAGACGCUGGAAUACGAGGAAAGGCUUGCAAGGCUAGGCAUGUUUACAUUGGAAAAGAGGAGACUAAGAGGGGACAUGAUCAACAUCUACAAAUAUAUAAUGGGUCAAUACACAGAGCUCGGGAGGGACCUGUUUUCUAUAAGAUCAGCACAGAUGACACGUGGUCACUCGCUUAGGUUAGAGGAGAGGAGUUUCCGCACAUUGAGGCAAAAAGGUUUUUUAACAGUAAGGACAAUAUGUGUUUGGAAUUCCCUGCCUGAGAGAGUAGUAACAGCGGACUCAGUCAACCCCUUGGGUUAGAAUGGGUUAGAUAAAUUCCUAUUAAAGAUAUUCAGGGUUAUGGUGCAUAGGCACGCAUUAUAGUUAAUAUAACUAGUCCUAUCAUAAAAAUAACUAGUCCUAUAAUAAGACUGCAUAGGAGACCACAAAUAGGUUGAACUCGAUGGACAAUUGUCUUUUUUCAACCUUAGUUACUAUGUUACUAUGUAACUAUGUAUGUAAAUGAACUUUCAUUUUUCUGAAUAUCCCUGCAACUUAACUGUGGCCCCUUCUCCUCUCUAUCAGUAGUAAAUACUGAGCAAAAAUUAUUAUUAAGAUGAUCUGAAGAUGAUUACAUUGUCUCCCUGUCUUAUUUUUCCACCUCUUGUUUUUCUCCUUUCACAUAUAUACCUAAAACCAGUUUUGCCUCCUUUACCCACUGACUGGGCCUUUGCACAUCUGAUUACCUUCUUAGUCUCCUUCUGUCUAACAAGAUAUAUCUCUUUGUCUUUAUUAUUUUGUGUCUGCUUAUAUUUCCUAAAAGCCAUCUUUUUUUUUUGCUUUCACAAUACUUGCUAAUUCUUUUGCAAACCUUUUCCUUGUGUUUUUGAUAUAAAGGUCUGUUGCCUUUAAUAUUGCACUUUUUAAUGUUUCCCACCUCUCCAGCACUCUAUCCAAGUUCCUCCACUCUGCCAAAGAAUCGCUUACACAUUUUCCCAUCCCUUCAAAAUCUGCCUUCCUAAGAUCUAACACCUUUGUUUUUGUAUGGGAUAAGUCAGUCUCUGUCUUUUUGCUAAACCAAACUACUUGAUGAUCAGUGGAUCCCAGGUUUUCACCCACUUUUAUGUCAGAUAUUCUGUCUCCAUUUGUAAGUAUUAAGUCUAAUAUUGUGUCUUUCUGAGUGGGCUCCCUCACCAAUUGGUGGAGGGAUGUUCCCUGCAAGGAAUUCAAAAUGUCCCUAAUUCUAGUGGAACCAGCAACAGACACCUCCCAGUAUACAUCAGGAAGAUUAAAGUCUCCCAUGAUUAUUACCUCUAAUUUUAAUGCCAUUUUAGUGAUGUCCUGCAAUAGGUUCUUGUCCAGUUCCUCAUCCUGACCUGAUGGCCUGUAUAUCACCCCAAUACGAAGAAUCGACUUCUACCCUGUUUCUAUUGUCACCCAAAGGGCCUCCAUUUUUUCAUCAAUACUUUGUAUUAAGGUAGUAUUUAUGCUUCUUUUUUUUUUUACAUACAUUGCUACCCCUCCUUCGAUUCUUCCCAUUCUGUCCUUCCAAAAUAAAGUAUAUCCCGGUAUAGCUAUGUCCCAGUAAUGAUUUUCAUUGCACCAUGACUCUGACUGCCACAAUAUCUAGAUCAUCCCUUGUCAUUAUUGCAAUUAGUUAUGGGAUUUUAUUUCCUAAGCUCCUAGCAUUUGCACAAAUAGCUUUUAGAGUUGUUUGUGCUUUUCCUGUUCCUAGCUAUGUUCAUCUCUCUGCUUAUGUUUAUUUGGUUUUGAUCUGAAUUAUCUUCUGUUGCUGUGGAUAUGCUUCCUAUUCCCCUUGCCUGCAGAAACAAUACCUCUGGGUUGGGGGAGCAGAUUGCUUUAUUCCUAUUCGGAUCACUGCCCCCCUCUGCUAGUUUAAGCUUUUUUUUGUGUGUCGGCCAUUUGACCCUGUUGAACUUUAGACAAAAAGUUGACCUAUUGACUGUCAACCUAUUGACUGUCUACCUUCCAUCCGGAUACCACUUUGAAGGUGCUGUAAUACAGUAAGUACCAUCAAAAAAAAUGUGUCAGUACACAGCUACAGGCUUAUGGGUAUGGAAAGUGAAUAGAAUGGGGUGUUAUUGUCACAUGACGUUGCAUGCACUUGUGUUAAAAAUACUAGACAGGCACAUUGAUUUAACAGAGCAGUGUAAUACCGCAUUCA